GUACCGGGAUGUCCCACAACUUGUACGCGCUCCGAUCGCUAAAUAUUAUAAAAGCAAGAGCAUGCCCUAACCACUCUGCUUAGAACACACGGAUACCACACGGCAAUAUACGCCAUCUGUCACCUGUUGCCAUUGAGGGUCCUACAUCAGAAUACAUCUUAGAAAGUGCCGACCAACUUUCGUCGCCAAACUGUUCUGAACUCGGGCGCAAUGGAGUUACUGGACGGACUAGAGUUUCCGAUGUAUCUGCUCUUGCUUUUGAUUGCAGUCGUCUUGUUUUACCUGUAUGGGACUUGGUCUUUCGGAAUCUGGAAGUCUAUGGGAGUGGAUGGACCGAAACCUCUGCCUUUCUUUGGAAACCUGUGGGAGUUGAACAAAAAGGGAAAUGAAAAGAGCAUUCGUCAAUGGUCACAGACUUAUGGUCGCACUUUUGGAAUCUAUUGUGGGCGUCAGCCAUUGCUGGUUACCACAGACCUUGACAUCUUAAAGGAAGUACUAGUUAAAGAUUUCAACAGAUUUUCAGACAGAUUUGACAAGUUUGAACUGUUGCCAAAGGAAAUUCGAGCUAACCUUUUUGCUAUUGGAGGCGCAGACUGGAAAAGGGUUAGAACCCUACUGACACCUACAUUUAGCUCAGGCAAACUGAAACUGAUGGAGAACUAUAUCGACAGGUGUAGUAAUGAACUCGCUGAAAAUCUUGAGGAGGCCAUUAGGAAAGGUGAAAGAAUCGAAACAAAGAAAUACUUUGGAGCCUACACCCUGGAUGUGAUAUCGAGCACAGCGUUUGGAAUUCAAGUCAAUUCACAGAAAGACCUCAACGACCCCUUCGUCAAGGAUGUGGCCAGUGUUAUGCACGAGGCCACCAGCAGUAACGGGUUGUUGACAGUUCUCGCAGCUUCGGUUCAGGCUCUUGUUCCCUUUAUAAGGCUACUGGCGAUCCAUUUAUUUCCACUAACACGAUGGAAUUCGUUUUUGAGAAAUAUCAAUCGUAUAAUAGAAGAGAGAAAACGGGAAAGAACAAGAAACGCACAAACGGACUUUCUUCAGAUGAUUUUAAACUAUGAGGAAACAGAAGGCUCCAAAAAUGAGCAAAUAAAGUCCUUGUCUCGGACUGAGGUCAUUGCUCAAGCUUUCGUCUUCUUCGUUGCUGGAUAUGACACUACAUCCACCGCCCUUCAGUUCCUGGCCUAUAACCUGGCUUGUUGUCCAGAAGCACAAGAGAAGGUUGUACAGGAGAUCAAAAACCAAAUUGGUGAUGACAAACCUACUUACGAGGGUUUGGCAAAACUAAAAUAUUUAGAGAGCGUCGUCAUGGAAACACUGAGAAUGAUCCCUCCCGUAAACACCGUUAACAGAAUGGCGUCGGAAGAGGUGACUAUUAAAGGAGUUACUAUCCCUAAGGGAGCUGGUGUCUGCGUUCCUAUCGCCAAUGUGAUGAGGGACCCAGAGUAUUUCCCUGACCCUGACGAGUUUAAACCCGAUAGGUUCGUUGAAAGCGCUGAUGGUGUCGUCAACCCUUUCUCUAACCUGGUCUUCGGGUUCGGACCUCGCCAGUGUAUCGGCAUGCGUCUGGCGCUGCUGCAGAUCAAGAUGGCCAUGGUGCACGUGCUCCGGAAGGUCAGAUUUAUCAAGACAGAUGACUUGAAGAACAAUUCAGUAUUUAAAGAGAGAAAAAUAAGUAUCUUUACUGACAUGCCGAUAGAAUCACAUGCUCCAGUUUGCUUUAUCUUCAGAAAACAGCUUGAAAAGACAAGGUCCUACAUCAGACUACAUCUCAGAAAGUGCGGACAAUUGUUGACCAACUUUCGUCGCCAGACUGUUCUGAACUCGGGCGUAAUGGAGCUACUGGACGGACUAGAGUUUCCGAUGUAUCUGCUCUUGCUGUUGAUUGCAGUCGUCUUGUUUUACCUCUAUGGGACUUGGUCUUUUGGAAUCUGGAAGUCUCUAGGAAUUGAUGGACCAAAACCUCUGCCUUUCGUUGGAAACCAGUGGGAGUUAAACAAAAAGGGAAAUGAAAACAGCAUUCGGAAAUGGUCACAGACUUAUGGUCGCACAUUUGGAAUCUAUUCUGGGCGUCAGCCAUUGCUGGUUACCACUGACCUUGACAUCCUAAAGGAAGUACUUGUUAAAGAUUUCAGCAGAUUUACAGACAGAUUUGACAAGUUUGAACUGUUGCCAAAGGAAAUUCAAGCUAACCUUUUCGUUAUUGGAGGCGCAGACUGGAAAAGGGUUAGAACCCUACUGACACCUACAUUUAGCUCAGGCAAACUGAAACUGAUGGAAAACUAUAUCGACAGGUGUAGUAUGGAACUCACUGAAAAUCUUGAGGAGGCCAUUAGGAAAGGUGAAAGAAUCGACACUAAAAAAUACUUUGGAGCCUACACCCUGGACGUGAUAUCGAGCACAGCGUUUGGAAUUCAAAUGAAUUCACAGAAAGAUCUCAACGACCCCUUCGUCAAGGAUGUGGCCAGUGUUAUGGAAGAAGCCACCAGCAGUAGCGGGCUGUUGACAAUUCUCGCAGCGUCGGUUCAGUCUCUUGUUCCCUUGUUAAGGCUACUGGCGAUCCAUUUAUUUCCACUAACGCGAUGGAAUUCGCUUUUGGGAAAUAUCAAUCGUAUAAUAGAAGAGAGAAAACAGAAAAGAACAAACGCACGAACAGACUUUCUUCAGAUGAUUUUAAACUAUGAGGAAACAGAAGGCUCCAAAAAGGAGCAAAUAAAGUCCUUGUCUAGGACUGAGGUUAUUGCUCAAGUUUUCGUCUUUUUCGCUGAUGGAUAUGACACUACAUCCAUCGCCAUUCAGUUCCUGGCCUAUAACCUGGCUUGUUGUCCAGAAGUACAAGAGAAGGUUGUACAGGAGAUCAAAAGCCAAAUUGGAGAUGACAAACCUACUUACGAGAGUUUGGCAAAACUAUCAUAUUUAGACAGCGUCCUGCAGGAAACACUGAGGAUGUUCCCUCCCGUAAACAUCGUUAACAGAAUGGCGUCAGAAGAGGUGACUAUUAAAGGAGUUACAAUCCCUAAGGGAGCUGGUGUCGUCGUUCCUAUCGCCAAUGUGAUGAGGGACCCAGAGUAUUUCCCUGACCCUGACGAGUUUAAACCCGAUAGGUUCAUUGAAAGCGCUGAUGGUGUCGUCAACCCUUUCUCUAACCUGGCCUUCGGGUUCGGACCUCGCCAGUGUAUCGGCAUGCGUCUGGCGCUGCUGGAGAUCAAGAUGGCCAUGGUGCACGUGCUCCGGAAGAUCAGAUUUAUCAAGACAGAUGACUUGAAGGAAACACCCGCAAUAAGGCCAGGAUCAUUUAUGAGUAUACCGGAAAGACCGCUCCUCAUUACAGCGGUACUCAGAGAAGCCGCCACCAAAACCCGAAUGCAACAUUAGGUUCCUUAAAACUUCACAUCUUUCUCCUUUCUGCUGUAUGGAUGUUUUAAGGCUUAUUCUCAUGUUAUUGUUAUUAAGUUUCAAAUUAAAAAGUUAGAGUGUCACUCUCUUGUGUACGUGUGUAUUUGCAUUUUGGAAUGUUUGGUUUAAUUUCAGCAAUUGCAAUUGUGGAUUAAUGAAAUUGUAUUGUAUUUGGAAUGAACAUUCGUCGUAAAAUUUUAUGAACUUUUUAGAAAGUCUGUGUUAAUUACAAAUUCUGCAUAAACAUCAUUGGUAUAUAUCUGAUUAUUUUUACAAAGGGACCUUAAAAUGUGUUAAUACUCGAAAUCGAAAAAAGUGACAAAAAAUUGUCGCCGCCAUUUAUUUGGAUUUAUAGUUAUUGUUUAUAUAUAGAGAGAGCUUCUUUUGUUUUAUGUACAUUUAUUUACCUAACAUAUGUAGACUUUUCGUCGGCUGCUAUUUUAUUGUUAUAUUAGACUGAUAUCGUACCUCUUUUAGUCAAAUUAGAUGUUGUUAAGUGUAUUUUUCUCCCCUAAUUUUUAUUUAAUUUUUUUUUUAAUUUAUCUAUAUUUAUCGGGUUCUUCUUUUACUUUUAGUUAGCUUAUGUAGAGUUUUGGUUUUUAUAGGUUUUGCUGUCUAACGUCCAUUUUGUUGCUAUAUUAAACUUAUUAUAAUAAGUGUGUUGCUGCAAUAUUUAUUCAUCUUGCAAUGUUCUUAAACAAGCAAAGAUUUUGUUUAAAAAAUCUUUAUGUGAGGGUUCUUGCAUAUACAGAUCAUCAUUUCAUUGUAACACGAAACAAGGCAUAUUCUAUUUAUCCAAAAAAUAUAAAUAAGCCGUCCAUAUACAUCAAGAGAAAAAUCUAAACCAAAAAGCAAUAAAAAUGAGAAGAGGAAGUAUCAAAAUUGUGUUAAAUGUAUGAAAUUAUCACAAGUACUUCUGUACAGGACCAUUGUCUUUUACUUUGACUUCAGCACUCAUAGUAAAGGGGCCUCUUUAAAUACCUUGGGAAAUAUUUUGAUUACUGCUUCUUUAGCUAUUUGUUGUUUCAAACUUAUUGAUACCCAGUUUCAGUGUCAAAAAUAAACAUUCUAUUCUUUGUG